UUCAUUACAUAUCAAAAUGGCUGCCUCCAGUUCGUUUGAAGGUUCGGGAUCAUCUGGUAAUACCAAUCAGCCCAGGGAAAGAGAGAGCAUCACUUGCAUGGAUCCGGAAUUCUACGAAGCUGCAGCAAAAGGAAACAUUGAGUUCUUUAAAGUUCAUGGGACACAUCUUAAUGUCCAGCUAACACCAAACAAAAACACUGUUCUUCACAUUUAUAUUACAGCCCUUGUUGCAGGAGCAGAGUCACCAACCAACUUUGUAGACGAAGUUCUCAAAAUACAUCCUUUACUUUUGUGGCAAGCCAAUGCUAAUGAUGAAAUUCCUUUGCACAUUGCAGCAAGAUACGGACAUACUGCCGUAAUUAAAUUCCUUCUUGAACGAGCAAAUUAUCAUAUCUUAUAUCAAGACCUCGAGAGCGGGUUUAGAUCGGCCAGAGAGAUGCUGGGGAUGACGAACAAAGAAAAAGACACGGCCUUGCACGAGGCAGUGCGCUACAAUCAUCUAGAGGCGGCUAAACUAUUGAUGGUAGAAGACCCAGAAUUUUCAUAUUUUGAUAAUGCUGCUGGUGAGACUCCGCUUUACAUGGCCGCCGAGAGAAAACUUCAGUCUAUGGUGUCCGAAAUUAUAAACACCUGCAAAUCUCCAGCUUAUAAUGGCCCCCUUGGUAGAACGGCUUUGCAUGCUGCAGCAUGUUGGGAGGAACCAGAAGUGAUCAAACUAAUUCAAAAAAUCGGAGGUAUAAGUAAAGAAGCAGACCAGAAAGGUUGGACUCCGCUUCACUUGGCUGCACACUACAAUAAAAAUGAGUCAACAAAGCUGUUGCUGGAAUACUAUAGAGAUGUAGCAUACAUGAAAGACACGGAGGGUAGGACUGCUCUUCACAUUGCAGCUCAUCAUGGCCAUCAUAUGGUCAUGGAAAAAAUUAUAUCAAGCUGUCCGGAUUGUUGUGAAUUGGUUGACAACAGAGGCUGGAAUGCACUCCACUUUGCUGCGGAGGGCCCCGUUCUAGAUGAUUUUAAAGGUUAUCAGCAUAUAAAACUGAUCAUCGGAGCCAUCCUGGACAAUAGGUCUCUCGGGAAUCUUUUGAAUCAAAAGGACGCCGACGGGAAUACACCUUUACAUCAUCUUCUCCGACGUUCUUCCUAUUGGCUCGACACCAAUGAUCAUCGGCUUACGAAUGGCAUAGACAAUCUCUUCUUUGACCCUAGAGUCGAUCAGAUGGCCUUUAACAAUGAAAACCUUCAUGCUUGGGAAAUCGCUUUAACCGCGGCAGACGUUUCAACCCGAAAGGUAUUACCAUGCCUGGGGGUUUCGUUGGUGGAGGUGAAAAAUCACAACCAGCUGGCUCUGCAAUUUUGAGAACAAGUGCUGCUUUCAAGGCAUUCAUUAUUACAGAUGUCCU